CCCUUCGCCGCCCUUAUGAGGCCAAACUCUCCUCCCUUGCGGCUGCUGCUGCUGCUCUCCCUAUGGGGACUGCCACUCCGGAGGGCGGAGACAGGCUCAGAGGGACAGACGACGCGGGCGCUGUAUGAGCGCUGGGAGCGAUACCGCCAGGAGUGCCUGGAGACUUUGGAGGCCGCGGAGCCUCCCUCAGGCCUCGCCUGUAAUGGGUCCUUCGACAUGUACGUCUGCUGGGACUCCACUGCACCCAACGCCACCGCACGUGCGUCCUGCCCCUGGUACCUGCCCUGGCACCACCAUGUGGCUUCAGGCUUCGUUCUCCGGCAGUGUGGCAGUGAUGGCCAGUGGGGACCUUGGAGAGACCAUACUCAGUGUGAGAAUCCAGAGAAGAAUGGGGCCUUUCAGGAUCAGAGGCUGAUCUUGGAGUGGCUGCAGGUCGUGUACACCAUUGGCUACUCCCUGUCCCUUGCCACACUGCUGCUAGCGCUGCUCAUCUUGAGUUUCUUCAGGCGGCUGCGCUGCACCCGUAAUUAUAUCCACAUGAACCUCUUCACUUCCUUCAUGCUGCGGGCGGCAGCCAUCCUCACGCGAGACCGCCUGCUCUCUGCACCAGGCCCCUACCCUGGGGAGCAGACACGCACACCAUGGAACCAGGCCCUAGCCGCCUGUCGCACCGCUCAGAUCGUGACCCAGUACUGCGUGGGUGCCAACUACACGUGGCUGCUGGUGGAGGGCGUGUACCUGCACCGUCUGCUGGUGCUCGUGGGAGGCUCGGAGGACGGUCACUUCCAUUGCUACCUGCUCCUCGGCUGGGGGGCCCCCGCGCUCUUCGUCAUUCCCUGGGUGAUCGUCAGGUACCUGUACGAGAACACACAGUGCUGGGAGCGCAAUGAUGUCAAGGCCAUUUGGUGGAUCAUACGCACCCCCAUCCUAAUAACCAUCUUGAUUAAUUUCCUCAUUUUUAUGCGCAUUCUUGGCAUCCUUGUGUCCAAGCUGAGGACUCGGCAGAUGCGCUGCCCCGAUUACCGACUGAGGCUGGCUCGCUCCACACUGACGCUGGUGCCCCUGUUGGGCGUCCAUGAGGUGGUGUUUGCUCCAGUGACCGAGGAACAGGCACAGGGCGCGCUGCGCUUUACUAAGCUUGGCUUUGAGAUCUUCCUACGUUCCUUCCAGGGCUUCCUGGUCAGCGUCCUCUACUGCUUCGUCAACAAGGAGGUGCAGUCGGAGAUCCGCCGCGGCUGGCACCACCGCCGCCUGCGCCGCAGCCUCAGCGAGGAGUCGCGCCAGCCCCCGGAGCACGCCUCCCGAGCCGGGCCCCCGAGCUGUGUCCCCGGCGAGGUCCCCAUCGGCUGCGCCCUGACCUCGGGGGCGCUGCCAGGGCGUGGGGGUGAGGGCAGCCGGGUCUUGGAAAGUUACUGCUAGGUAACGGGAAUCCCGCGUCUUUACUGAACACGUAUUUAUUGAGUGCCUACUGUGUG